AUGCCGACUGAUUCAAAGGGGAUCCAAGGAGAUUCACGUGAGGAUACAGCCACAAAAAUGAGCAGGCAAAAAGAAAAUCUACUCAGAAGCAGCUCUAAAGAAACACCACCAGACAAAGACUCCUCAGAUGACUUACUGACAGUUGAAAAACCUCGGAAGACCCUCCCUGAGGAAUCUUCUGGUAGCCAUCUUUCGGAGAGCAACAUGACUAUUGUUGUACACAAGGUUGACCUGGUGGAGGAUAAGGAUCGAACUCAGAAGCUGAAACUGCGUGAUGCGACAGUUGCCCAGGCUCAUCGUUUACAACAUUCCUUAAAAAACCUUGUUCACUGGGCCCCUAAACGGGAAGCUGAAGAGGCUCAAGCUGCCAAGGCAAAGCUUCAUCCUCCUGACAGAGGCAGCUCUCCCCCUGAUUUCAUUCUCAGCCUAGCCGCUCAAUGGUCGGGAUGCCAAGGAGUCGCCAGCUUUACUGCCGCAGACUUGAAGGGGUUGGUAGCGCUGUGGAUCGUCAGAGACCAUGCGGAACCAGCUUCAUGGGCCUUGUAUGAUCCUAGAAGACAAACGUACGAAGUCCGAUUGUUUUGCCCACUCAGGCUAGAAGAGCAGGUGGACCUAGAUGCCCAGCCUGAGGCGGUUGUUGGGGUCUCGUUGACCUCUGCUGAGUUGCCGCAUGGAGAUAUCGGGGCAUUUCUGUUUGGAGGCAAAGAUGAAAAGGAUGAGCUGCUCAGUGACCUGUGGUUUUACAGUAAGGGCCCUAGGAAAUGGAAGAAACUUCGCUGCAGCGGAAAGACCCCUGAUAGGAGAUGCAACCAUGCAGCUGCCUUUUCCAGCCGCACGAACGUGUUUUUCGUCUCGGGGGGAGAAGGCGAAAAUGGCAAGGUACUAGAAAGUGCCUUCCAGCUAGUUAAGGGUAUGCUUGCAGUUGUAACUCUGCUGUUGUCUUCGUUAGUUCUUGUUAGCUUCGAUACUCUUGCGUAUGUCACGUAUACCUUUUUUCUGAGCAUGCGGUCGCGCUUCAAAUCUGUAGCUGAUGCUUGUGAGAGUAUUGGCUAUUGUUCCCCUUUGGGACCUUGUGGGAGAGUCAAUAGGCUAUGGGAUUUAGCUCUAAAUAUUUGUAACACGCCUGUUCUGGGUAUGCCUGUGAGGGCCGUAAUGGAAGUUAACAGCUCUUUUGUACCUGGCGAAUGGAAGGAACUGCGUGCGAAGGAGAGGCCUGCUGCCCGUUCGCACCAUGCUGUGAGCGCUAUCUGCAGCUCCAAUGGGAGCGAACAGCUCUUACUGUUUGGGGGCCUAGUGGACGGCAGUGAUUCUGACGAUUUAUGGUCUAUAGAUAUUGAAUCAGAGCUCAAGACAAAUACCUGGAAACGCAUUACCGAUACGGAUGGAAGACCGCCAGCAAGGAGACAUGGGCAUUCUAUGAUGACGUUUGGCUCCCGAUGCUUCAUAUUCGGCGGAAUGGGCAGGCAUUGGAUGGGAUGGGAGAUUUCAUACUUUGAUAUGAACGCCUUUGAUGUAGAGGUGUCUGCGUGGUUUGAAAUUCUCCUCCUCUCCCCCCUAGCAGCCAUGCCCCCACAUGGCUACGCCGUUGCUACAGGAGACCCCAACAUGAUGUUCCAUAUUUUUGCUUCAGGGGCGAGUAGCAACAGUGAUGGCUUGGUGUACCGCGUGUCGGGUGUUUGCAGCACACUAGAUUUCUCACUUCUCGCUCAGGGUCUGAUGGAUAUAAGAAUUGUCUCUUCGGACACUAAACGACGCCAAGAAGAGCUUUGUUUAGAAGUUAACACUAUCAGGAGUGACUUGCAAAACCUAAUGACGACUACAACCUCCCAAUCCGGCAGAACGGAAGGCCUUGCUGCUAUUUGGAAUAGCAUGGUGCAACGCGUCGACGCAGCUUACAGGGAGGUCAUUAAAACGAUGGGAGGAGCUCAGAUCCUUGGGAUCAAGGUAAGUGAACUUCUGGCAGAGGUGGCCGCCAGGGAGUCACAGGCAAAGGAGAGAACCUUGGCUCUGGAAAAACAGCUUACUGUGUUGCUUAUGAGAUUGGCGGAGGCCGACACAGUUAGAGCGGCCACAAAUGAAGAACGACCACAGGAAGAAGUGUGA